AUGCCGGACGAAGAAAUUCAUCCAGACUAUAAGUUUGGAGUUCUUCUCCAAUUACUCGAAGAAUAUAAUGAGCAGAAUGUUUGGGCUGCAAACAAUCCUUUAACUGAAGAUAACUACGAUGAAUCUAAAUAUCGCCUUGAGAUCGUCAUUGAUCUUACAUCUCGCAUUAAGCAUCUACAUCGGGAAGUAUCGAGAAUAGUGAAAGAUCCAGUUAUGUACCGAUUAGAAUAUAGUAAGUUUUCCACCACGUACAUUCAACUUAUUUCCAAGUGGAAAACUCAAAUCGAAGUCUCAAAGUUCAAACCGAAAAUGACUACUGAAUCUGCUGCUGAAAUGCGACGAAUAUUAGAUCAUUAUACAACUGCAUUUACAGCGCUCGAUAACCUCAAAGCAACUUAUGAAGAUUUAAAAGUUCAUCUCGUUCUACGUAAGCUCGACGACAACACGCAAAAGGAUUGGGCGAAAUUCAUUGACAAUAAAGAAGUAAGCUGGCAAAUCCUCGUUGACUUUAUGACGUCACAAUGGCGAACUUACCAGAAAAUUUCUUCAACAUCAACUCACAAAAAAUCUUCUACAAAGCCUCAAGAAGUUAAAGCUCAAUCUUCUUCCUCUUCUGCUCAGAAAGUAUUUGCUGCUGCUCAAAAUGAUGACUCCACUUGUCUCAUCUGUAAUGAGAAGCACAAGAUUUACAGCUGUUCAAAAUUACUUGCAGCUGAUCCUCAACAAAGAUAUCAUAUGAUAAAAGCUGCUGGUUGUUGCGUAAAUUGUUUCGGCUUCAAACAUCAGCGAAAAAAUUGUCCAAGUUCUUCACGAUGUAGAAAAUGUCAAAAGGAUCAUCACACUUUAUUACAUAUGGAACGUGCUCCUGUAUUGACAUCAUCGCAUUCAUCAAGUCAUGAAAAUAUUUCAUCGACAAACAACUCACAUUCAACUCCUCAAACAAGUUCUUCAUUAAGUUCCGCUAACGAUCGCUAUACUGCCCCAACGCCACCCACAGUGAAAAUAAAAGAAACUAAACAAACAAUGACAGCAGUGACUGCUCACUCCAAUGUAAGAAAAACAGUUUUGCUCUCAACCGUAACUUUUCUGGUUCGUGCAGCAGACUCUUCUUGGCAUCUCACCCGAGCUCUUUUUGAUUCAGGCUCAGAUACAAAUUUCAUUUCGUUUAGAUUGGCUUCAUUAUUGAAAUUGCAUUUUGUUGAUGUUACUUAUUCAGUUUCUGGAAUUGAAGAUCAAACUGUUUCCAUUAAACAUAAAGUUGAAACAGUAAUCAAGUCAAAUGAUUUAAAGUUUCUCAAGCCCGUAGACUGUUACAUUCUUUCAAAGAUAACAGAUGUUCUUCCAUCAUCACGAGUGGCCGUUGAUAAGCAAACCAUUCCAAAUGAUAAAGUUCUAGCUGAUCCCAAUUUUGAUCUACCUUUACCAAUCGAUAUGUUAGUUGGUGCUGACGUUUUCUACGAAGCUUUACUCAAUGAAACAAUCAGAUUACCUCAAGGAUUAAUUAUGACCAGUACUGCAUUUGGUUGGAUACUUGGUGGUUUAAUCACAACACAACUCGAAGAAAAAAGUUCAUUCCUUUCUUGCUUCAGCUUUAAAUUCAUAAAUAUAUGUCGCAAAAAACCAAACAUCACUGGUAACCCAACAAUUGAAGAACGAGAAGAAUCAACUACAAUCAUUAUAAGAUUUUCUCAAGGUAGACAAAUAUUUCUACUUCUCAAUUUACUUAAAACUAACAAGUCAAUUAAAGCUCAAAAUACAACAUUUUUAUGUUCACAAAAGACUCAUAAGUCAAGACCAUGCAAUUCAAGUCAAAACGAAGACAUUUAA